AUCAAGAACUUCAACGAUUCAAAAGUUUGUAAAUAGUUCCGGACUUCCGGUGACUUUGAUCAGUAAUUCAGUACUCCAUUGGCCACUGCACAUUUUGUUUUAAAUCAAGAACAGUAAAUGAGUUUGAUAAGCAAACAGAAAAAUGGAAUGUAUCCCAACUCUAUCGUGGACGAAGAAUGGGAAUAUUUGGAUCCCACCCCCGAUAUUCAUAGUCUGUUUCUUCAAUUUGAUGAUCGCUUUUUUUCUAGCCAGCUAAAAAGUGUUGUGGUGAAAUGGAGCCCGAGAAUGACUGUGUGUGCUGGUUUGUGUAGGUAUGAAGGAAGGAGAUCUGGGCAUUGCUCCAUCAGCCUUAGUGUACCACUUUUGAAAUUGAGACCAAGAAAGGAUCUUGUUGAAACUCUUCUGCAUGAAAUGAUCCACGCCUUCCUGUUCCUGACGAACAACAACAGGGACAGGGAUGGCCAUGGUCCAGAAUUUCAAUUUCAUAUGCACAGAAUCAACCAAGAAAGUGGAACUAAAAUCACAAUUUAUCACAGCUUCCACGAUGAAGUAAAACUGUACAAACAGCAUUGGUGGAAAUGUACAGGCCCUUGCCAGCAUAGGCAACCUUUCUAUGGACUAGUAAAGCGCUCAAUGAAUAGAGCUCCUGGACCACAUGAUAACUGGUGGGCUGCUCAUCAAGCAAGUUGUGGUGGUUCCUAUGUAAAAAUAAAAGAACCGGAAGGAUAUGGUGUUAAAAAGAAAAAAGAAGGUAAUGAGAAUAAGGGAGGGCCAGACCCCAAGAAGCAAAAGAUUGAAAUUCCAUCAGGUGCACGCGAUAUUCGGGGGUUUCUCAACUCUCCCACUGCUGGACCAUCUAAGAAAGCAGUAACUGCUACUGGGAAUCUAUCUACUUCUCAACCUAAACUGCCAACCAAUAAUCCCGUGAAAGGGAAAGCUUGGACAGGAUUUUCGGGCAAGAACGUUAGUCCUCCCAAAGGGAAAGCUAUAUCCGGAUAUUUUACUACUUCCACCACUUCGGGCAAAGGAAAAACUGUCACCGGCUUUGCAGGAUCGGUGAAGAACAAAGGGAGUUCGACAAUAACGGUUACAUCACCAUCUUCUGGAUCAACAGAAACAAGUGAACCAAAUGAUGCAAGACCGACUCAAGGAGGCAUUGUGUCCAAGCCUCCAUCUAUGACGUUAUUUAUCCCUUUUACUGGACAAGGCCGACUCUUGGGUGGUGGCCCACCAAAAGUCAACACUCCUUGGGCCAAUCCUUCAACAUCAUCCAUCAAAAAGGAAACUCCAAAGGUCGUUGAAAUAGUUUCUUUGGACGCGGAUGACGGCCCCAAAGAUGAGAAAAAAGUGCCCUGUCCAAUUUGCCAGUCGCUUAUCGACCUCAGUCAGAUCAACACACAUUUGGAUUCCUGUUUGUCUUGAAUUGAACAACUCUGUCAGUAUUCGUCUUCAUAUUUCUAUCGAAAUUCUGUGAUGCUCAAAAGUGUAUUUAACAAAGAAAAACUCAAAUGUUUUAAUAUUACAAAGAUGGUCCCGUUUUA